GGCAGCAUGGCGGAGAAAGAGCUGGAGGCUGGGGUCACCUACUACCGACUGGAGGAGGUGGCUAAGCACAACUCGGCGAAGGACCUGUGGCUAGUGAUCCACGGGCGGGUGUACGAUGUCACCAGCUUUGUGGUCGAGCACCCUGGAGGCGAGAAGGUCCUGAUGGAACAAGCCGGUCGGGACGGGACAGAGGGCUUCGAGGGCGCCGGACACUCGUCUGAUGCCCGGGAGAUGCUAGGGCAGUUCUGCAUCGGCGAGAUCCACCCGAGCGACCGCAAGGCUGUCAGGCCCUAG